UACGCGUUUUUCCUUGUUAGCGAUCGUUUUUUUUUCUUCCUCGCAGUUAUGUUUGAUUUACACGCGUUUACCCUCGCUCCUACGGAGGAGGCUCUGUUUUCAAUUACGCGUGAUGACCUUGUUACGGUUGCUGGCCACUACAAGUUUCAAGUCAGUGGUAGCCCUUCCAAGGCUGAGCUCCAUGAGGGGCUCAUCAAUCACCUGCGGGACCGUGGGGUGUUUGGGAAAGUGCCUGUGGACGAACCUACGUCACCUACACGAGGUAAAGUUCAGCCCCUUUCCCCUAGUGAAGUUUCAGUGGAGUUAAAACGUCUGCAGUUGAGAGAAAUGGAACUUGAGUGGGAGCGAGAGAAAAAUAUUAGGGAUAGAGAGCACGAGUUACGUCUGAAGGAACUCGAAUUUAAUCAAGCUUUGCGGCUUAAAGAAAUGGAUCUCCAGGCUCGUGAGGCUGAUAUCCACUCUAAGUCGGGACAAUUUGACGUUACCCGUAAUAUCCGUCUCGUUCCACCUUUUCGUGAGGAUGAGGUUGACAAAUUCUUUGCGCAUUUCGAGCGGGUAGCUACGACCCUCAAAUGGCCUAGGGAUGUUUGGACCAUGACACUCCAGUGCGUUUUUAAAGGGAAGGCGCAGGAGGCUUACUCUGCGCUGCCUCUUGAAGAUGCAGCGGACUAUGAGAAGGUCAAGCAGGCUGUUCUGCGUAUGUAUUCCCUGGUGCCAGAGGCAUAUCGGCAGAAGUUCCGCGGCUAUCAUAAACCGGAGGCCCUCUCGUACGUGGAGUUCGUUCGAGAGAAGGAAAUGCUCUGCGAUCGCUGGUUAAACUCGCAGGGAGUGACAACCUUCCAAGCUCUUCGGGAUCUUAUUAUUCUGGAGGACUUUAAGAAUUGUCUGCCAACAUCAGUCGCGAUUCAUAUUAGUGAGCAUAAGGAGGUUACGCCGGCUGGUGCAUCGGUGCUCGCUGACGAGUAUGUGCUUACGCACUAGCGUCUCCCCUCUGUUUCCAAACCCCCACCAAACAUUUCCAGCCAUCCAACUGUUUUUAGGGCUACGA